AUGGCGCAGUGCCAAUUGUGUGGUAAAUUUUUGUCAAGCAAUGACUCUGUUAAAUGCGAUAAAUGCCCGAAAAUUUUUCAUAAGCAGUGCGUUGAGUCAGUUAAAGAUCCUAAAAAAGCUAAACUAUUAGCAGGGUGCUGUAGGAAAUAUCUGCAUACACUGAUAAAUGGAUCUUCUAGCCAGGAUAGUGACUUGUCUCCUGCUUUUGCGAGUAGCCCAAACGAGGUCAUUCCGACAGAUUUCAUGACUGAAUUACGUGCCGUAAGAACUGAAAUAAGUAACAUGCGCUUGGAAAUUCAAGCAUUUAGGAGUGAAAUGGCGGAAUUAAAACCAGCACUACAGGCCUGUGUCAAAAAAGUGGACGAUAUGGAGCAGAGUGUGCUUUCACUAGAAACGGAGGUUGAGAAAAUGAAGGGGAAUUUUGAUACUAUGAAAGUUCUGGAAAAAAAUGUAAUGGAGCUUAAAAUAUCAUUAAAUAAUAAAGAACAGGAAUGCUUGUCGAAUGAUUUAGAGAUUUAUGGAAUACCAGAACAGAAAAAUGAAAAUGUCUUUCAUUCUUUCUUCUUAUACUGCAAUAAAAUAGGGGUCACUAUAAGGGAGGAGGAUGCGGUCAAUGUUUGGCGACCAGGAAGGAGCGACAAGGACAACUUUCGACCGAGACCAAUAAUCGUCCGACUAACAAGACGCGCUCUUCGUGAUGAAAUUUUGCACAGUUCUAGGAUUCGUCGACAUACUCCUGAAAGCCCUGGAUCUCUCCAGACUGCUCCCAGAAUCUAUGUUAAUGAACGAUUAACUAAAUUUAAUCGGCUUUUGUUGCAAAAAACGCGUGAAAAUGCGAAGAAGCUGGAAUGGAAAUUUACCUGGGUCAAGAAUGGUAGGGUUUUUGUUCGGAGGACCGAGGGGUCUAAGGUGAAGGUUAUAAGAACUGAAGAUGAUAUAAACAGUGUUUUUGGAUCUCAGCCUCUUAAUAAUCCAUGUAUAUAG